AAGCCCCCCGCCCCCCAUCAUCACGAGAGGCCAUUCUCGCCUCGGAGAAGAAGAGAGCGCGGGCCGCGAUGGGCCUUCGGGCGGCGGGUCGGAAGGAGAUGGAGGCACCGCUUGGCCUUAAGCGGGGUCGCUGUGGCUUUGCCCUUUCUUCAAGAGCAUCUCGGCUGCCUUCCCGGCGGGCCGUGUCUAAUGACGCCCGGAGACCCCGAGAUGCAGUAUUCUGCCUUCUCUCGUGAGCUGUGAUUUACCCUGUCCUAAUAUCUCUGCACCUGAUACAAGUGGGAAGAUGUAGCUGUUGUGGCUGUUCAGAAUUUGGAUGCCUAGAUUUGGAAGUUUCGUAAUCUACACUCUCUGCAUAAAUGAUACACGGAGGAGAAUCGAGGACUAUCUACAAGGCAGUUCAGGCACAGAAAGUGCAAACUCUGAAAUACAGACCAUUUACAUUUCCUUCCUUGUAUCUGUCCUGCCUUCAUUUGAACUUCAGCGGGCCUGAUCUCUGCUGUGUAACCGGCCAACGAGAUAUUUCAGGUUUUCCUUGGUAGAAAUGAGGCGGGAUAGACCACAAGAACGGGCAGCUAGCUGGCCAGCAGAGCAUAUCAAGGUGCUCCUUGCCCUCUGGACUGAGGCAGCAGUCACCCAUGACCUUAGCUCCCAUGGGAGGAACCGUGCCGUCUACGAUGGCAUUUCUCAGCGCCUUGCAGAAAUGGGCAUUUAUCGAACUGGAGACCAGUGCCGUGAAAAAAUGAAAGGCUUAAAAGUGGCUUACCGCAAGGCUAAGGAAAAUAACUCUGUGGGCCGGCCCCCGAUCAAAUGCCCCUUCUAUGAUGAAAUUGACCAGAUCAUGACGCAGUAUAUAAAUUGCAGGCCCGGUUUCCCCUCUGAGGUUGGUGAAGGGUCCAGUGUCACUGCGGACAGACAGGAAGGCCUCUCCAUCUCUGAGCCCUGGGGGGCCCAAUCCAGCAUCUCUGAGCGUUGGGGGUCCCAGGCCUCCGGGCAUUGGCUGUCCCAAACUGCUGCCUCUGAAAGCCAAGGGACUGAUGAAUUCAGCUACACCCAGGCAGAGACUCAUGAGGCUUUUGGUGAGAUCCAAGUGAUCCCAGUUCAGGUGAAAGAAGAGGAGUCAGAAGGUGAAAUCUCACCUGAGCUGGAUGUGGCCUCUCCUAUGCUAAUGGAGAUCCAGCCUCCGCCCAGGCAGCUCAUCUCCAUGCUUGACCAACGUCCCCAUCUUCGAACUCGGAAACAAAAGGUUCAGGGGGAUGGGCAGUCAAGGGGGGCUGGCCAGAAGUGUAGUCGCUCACACCAACAGGAGCUGCAGAGAAUGCAGAAACAGGUUGCCAUCCAAGCUGAGGAAAAACAGAGUUUAGCCGAGUUCAUCCAGCACGACAAGGAGAUGCGACGUGAGGAUAGGGAGUUCCAAGCCCAGCUCUUUGAGAAACUUUUUCAGAAGCAAACUGAGCUUGUCCAGGUGCUAACUCAGCGGUCUCCUGCCAGUCCUAACUCUGCUGCCUGUGCUAAUCCUAUGCAGACCUUGCAGAUGGCCACAAAGAAUGGAGCAGGAACAGCUGCGGGGACUAGUUCAGCCCUGCAGGCUUUAUUAGAACAGAUAAUGCAGUCUGACCUCUCGGGGAAGAGUCUAAACAGACUUGCAGUGAAGGAAGCACUCGGAGGAAGAGUUAAGGUGCCUCCUGAAGUACAAUAUUGGACAGCCGAAGAGAUACUGAGGUGGCUCUUGUCUCAGCAGCCUCCUGCAGACCACUGUCAGGAGAUGCUGUCAGGCCCAAGGCUCCCUUUCCAUGCGGGGCACCUGGGAGGAACAGGGAAAGGUGAUCAUUCAGAGGCACAUCUCUCAGUUUUGAAUCCAUUGUGUGAUUCAUACCACAGUUCUCAGCAGCAAGGGAAAGACCAGCUCCACCACAAGGCCCAACAGCUGUGUGCCAGCAGUCAUGCGAAAGCACUUGAAACAGACAUAGACUUAGAGACGCACCGACAGUCAUUCAGGCAGUUCCAUUACCAGGAGGCCCAGGGACCCCAGGAAGCAUACAGGUGUCUGUGGCGGCUUUCCCACCAGUGGCUACGGCCAGAUGUGCAUAGCAAAGAGCAAAUUAUGGAGCUGCUAGUUGUUGAGCAGUUCCUGAACAUACUCCCUGACGAGAUCCAGACCUUGGUACGUGAAUGCCAGCCCGAAAAUAGCAAGGAAGCUGUGGCCCUGGCAGAGAGAUUCCAGCUCCAUUUUGAGUCCAAGAGGCAACGGGACCAAAUACGUGUUACUUCUGAUAACAUGGUUGUAGAUUCCCCUCGAGAAGACUUGAAUGAGGAUCAGAGACAACCCUGCAUAAAAGACAGUCGAGAAAAUCCUAGAAAGGUUGGCUUAUUAGGUACAGAAACACAUCUCCAGCUGAGGAAGAGAGCCAGAUCAGAUCCGAGAGAGCAGAUUGUGCCCAAACAGGAUGGAGAACACGGUGUGGCAGCAGCCAAGCAGAUGAAGUUGGAUAAUAGCAUAGAGGAGCAAGAAAUGCUUGAAACCGGAAAGAAAGCAAAGGAAAUGCCCACGUCUAGGCCAGGAAAGCAGGCUGGGAAAGCAAAAGGGCGGGGAAGAUCUGUCCCCAGUUAUAACGUGGCUGGAGAAAGCCAGACGGAAGGGGAAGCUAAGAUGAAAAGCAGUGGCCGAGUUUCAGAAGCUGUGAAUGGGAUAAAGCAUGAGCAGAAAGCAUCGGCUAGUCUUGGGCCAUCUCAGUUGGCUUUUGACAAGGAUGCCACCGUGUCCAGCCCCCAACCUGGCCAUGAUGGUCAUGGGUCUCCUGACAUAGACAGACCUUCAUUUAGUGACAGCAUUGACAUUUUACUGGAUUCUCCCUGGAGUGGAAAUGGCAGUGGUGACACAGCCCAAGACAGAGGCCCUGGUUCCAGGAUGCUACCCCCCUGUUUGGGCUGCACCGUGUUGAAGGCUGAGUUGGAUACAGUACGGGAGGAGCUCCGAUUAACCCAAGCUUCUACCCUGUAUGGAUUGAGCGGUUCCUCUUUGCAGGACAUAUCAGAGGCUCUUGGCACUGUUGUACGGAUCCUGAACAACACAAAAUCUUUACCAGGAACAAACACAUCCCAGAACAUUGCUGAAAUCCCUAGUAGGCCAGUAUGGCGGGAAAGAAAUCAUCUCUGAAAUCUUGCAUGGACCGAAUGUACCCGCAAAUCAAGAAAUUCAGCAACAAUAUAAAUAUUAAAAGCUCCUGAUUUAAAAGGAGA